AUGGGAUACAUAGACCAUUUACCUCCUCUCCCUUCAUCCAUGUUUAUUAUGCAAAAUUCCAAACAUGUGACUAUCAACAGCGAUGGUAUUCAAAGAGUGGUGAACCUGUUAGUGGAAAGAUGUCGUGAUUGCCCACUGACUCCAGAGAAUUGGCUCAAGCAUGAAUUAACACCUAAUACUGCAGAUGAUCAAGCUAUUGAAUGGAUAUUCGUAACAAGUUUGCUCAACUUCUCAUUCUGGAGUAACACUGAUGCCCAAUUUGAGGUUUUAUAUAAGGGUAAAGUGUACACGGGUUACUGGGCCCUAUGUGCAGCUGUUAAUCGAGCUAUGGAUGAGGGAAUAGACAUUCUUAACCCAACCGUUUAUCAAAAUAUAUCGGAUGAACAAUUAAAACAUAUAUUUAGGUCAUGUACCACUGAAUCAAUCCCUUUGUUUCAUGAAAGAUUGGUUGCUUUACAAAAUGCGGGAAAAACUUUGCUGGAGAAUUUCAGUGGUGCAUUCAAGAAUGUCCUAAUCGAGUGUGACAAAUCGGCUUCAAAGUUGCUAACAUUACUGUGUGAUUAUUUCCCUAAUUUCCGAGAUUAUACAGUUUACAAAGGAAAAAAUGUCUCUUUUAUGAAACGUGCCCAGAUUUUGGUCGGUGACUUGUGGCAGUGCUUUGAGGGGAAGGGACCAGGAUAUUUCCAUGAUGCAGAUGAUAUCACCGCUUUUGCUGAUUACAGAGUUCCACAGGUGUUAAAUUAUUUUGGGGUAAUACAGUAUAGUGAAGACCUAAUCACGAAGAUACGUAACGGUGAAGAAAUUGACAACGGAAGCGAGUUCGAGGUGGAAAUCCGAGCUGCAACAAUUUUAGCUGUUCAUAAUAUUGUAAAAUCUUUGAAAAGCAAAAAUAUUGAUUGUAAUUCAAUUUUAAUCGAUAAUUUCUUAUGGAAUUAUCGACGUUCACAUUCUGAUGAAGUUGAGGCCGCAAUUCCAAUGCAUAGAACACGUUGUGUAUUCUACUGA